AUGGCCCAGAGACGCUACUCCAACCCUGUCAGGUACUACAGUGUGCCUCCCACCGCGAUCGCGACAGAGCCUAACACCCUAAUGACCACUGUUGCAACGUCAAACCACUCACCCACCCUGCCGACAAUCACCUCACCCAGACCGUCUCCCCCAAGGCAGCCCCAGCGGACAUUCAUCCUCAACCACCCGCCUCUGGGCGAAGCGGAACGGCGCUGCCCACAUGACGACCUGACGCCAAUCGAGGGCAUGUCAGAGAUGUUCCACUGUGACGAGUGCUGGCACAAGCCUGAGCUGGGUUGGCUCUGGACCUGCACGCAGGACGUCGUGGGAGAAGACGGGCUUAUUGAUCCGAAGAAGUGCGCUCUUCUAGAACAGAAAGCGUACAUGUCUGUUUUGAGUGGUGCGCAUGACGAGGAUAAUGUGAAGAUCAUGAUUAAGCAGAGACUGGCUCUUUUGAGCAGGGAAGAGUUUCGUUCGCCUCAGAAUAUGGAGCAGGGUUAUGCAGCUGUGGGCCAGAGCCAGGAUCGGAGACCUAAGGAUGAAGCGUCCACGCCGGAACGACAGAAACAUGUUCGACAGAAAAGCCAACGCGUGCGAUUCGCCGAGGAGAACUCGUACAGAUCACCGUCUCCCUCGGUAUACCGCGAUGAGGAGGAGGAUAAGAGUGUGGAAGUGCAUCACAACACCGUCCCAGAGCAGCAAAGCGUUGCGUCGGAUGAAGAUAACCAUGCUGAGUACGUAGCUUGGCUGAAUAUGAUCACGAACAUGAGGAAUGAGACAAAAUUUGGACAGCUCAGGCCGGAAGUCAACACCUCGCAAUCACCUGCGAACGUUGGUAGCAACGGAUGGGCGCAGUCCAUCCAAGGCGUUCACGCGCAACAACAGCAAAGCUCCGACAACAACGCUCAGUUGCAGACCAACGGAUCUCAACCGCAAGCUAUCGAUCGCUCGUAUAUUACACGGCUUCGCCGUGAGAUGCACAGUUUGGAUUACCACGAAGCCAUCGCGGACAUGCAUAAAACGUCUCGGGUAUCCCCGCAACAGCUUAGGGCCCGCCACCAACCUGAAGUCUCACGCUCCAAGUCUUUCCGUUCGCACUUCCAACGCUCCCAUCAGGGAUCACACAGCCGUGACGAUGAAAACCAGAUUGCAGCGCCUGUACCUGUCCGUCCGGCGUCUCACGACUACAGCAGACCGCACCAAAGCCCUGACCAUCACACUGGACGCCAUGAGCAACUCGGCUCUCACUACCGUGGUGUCCAAAGUCCGCCUGAAACGUUCCGGGGGAGGGCUCUAAGUCGCUCAAACAGCCAUCCCGCGCGACAACCGCCAGGCCAAAACAUCCGCAGGGUCCCGUUUGUGCUGAAUAUCCGCGAUCCUGAGGAGAACCAGAACUCCACCGUGCAAGUCGCCGCACGUGCCAUUGGGUAUAUCCCGAAAGAGCGUCUUUCUCCUGAAUACCAUAGUCCUCCGCCUGCAGCGCAUGAGCAGCCCUCUUACAGGACUACCAAGCCUCUUCCUCCUUCCCCGCCGCCGCCGCCGCCGCCCCGUCGGCCUAGGUUUCUGUUUCCUUGCGGUUAUAAAAUCUGCUCGACAUGCCGGGGAGUGAGGAUAAAUGAGAUGCUCCCGGCGACUAGGUAUAAUCCUGAGGAAGAAAGUGCGCGACCAUCGGCCGUCUCCGAAUGGACUCAGCAGUUCGAUAUCCAGGAACAGCCGAUGUUCUUCCGUCCUGACUUCGAAGACCUGAGUAGUGGCCUGAUGGCGAAAGAUGGCAUCCUCAUACGAGAUGUGCAAUACUUCCUGGCACGAGACAACGAUCCCGACAUCCGGGGACUUAUCGCGAGUCACAUUGUCAAGCUUGGGGAACCUAGCCCUGCACCUGCGGAUGAGAACCUCGCGUCUCGAAUGGAAUGUCUCGCGGCUGAAUCAUUGAGCGGAGGAAGUGACAAUUCAACGGAUGAGAGUGUGGAUGCGGUUGGACAGAAAAUCAUCUAG